GCUGCAGCCGUCUCCGCCAGGUUCAGAGCAUCUUGACCCAGAGCAGCAAGUCUCAGCCUGACGGGGUCCUCUGCAUCCUAGGAAUUGAUAGCAGGUACAAUGAAGGCUGCAGAGAGCUAGCAAAUUAUCUUCUGUUUGGUUUAUACAAUCAGAAUACCAGUGAUUUUGAGAAAACAGGAUUUUCUGAAGAAAUUCUAGAUGAUGUAAUUAUGUUGAUUAAAUCAGAUAGUGUCCAUCUAUAUUGUAAUCCUGUCAACUAUCGCUAUCUCUUACCAUAUGUGGCACAUUGGAGAAAUCUACAUUUCCACUGCAUGACUGAAAAUGAGUAUGAAGAUGAGGAAGCUGCAGAAGAGUUUAAAAUUUCCAGCUUUGUGGAUAUGGUUAGAGACUGUAGUAAAAUUGGCAUUCCUUACAGCUCCCAAGGUCACUUGCAGAUAUUUGAUAUGUUUGUGGUAGAGAAAUGGCCAAUUGUACAGGCCUUCGCACUUGAAGGCAUUGGAGGAGAUGGAUUUUUUACCAUGAAAUAUGAGCUGCAGGAUGUGAGUUUGAAUCUUUGGAAUGUCUACAGCAAGAUGGAUCCUGUGUCGCUGGAGAACUUGGUUACAGAAGAUUUGGUGGCUUUUGAACAUCAGUGGACUAACUUCUUUGCUAAUUUUGACACGGAAAUUCCUUUCCUACUGGAACUUUCAGAAUCACAAGCUGGUGAGCCAUUCAGAAGUUACUUCAGUCAUGGAAUGAUCUCCAGCCAUAUAACUGAAAACAGCCCUAAUCGGCAGCCAUUUGUUCUCUUUGGUAAUCACUCCACACGAGAAAACCUGAAUGCUGGCAGCUUUAACUUCCCUUCUGAAGGUCACCUGGUACGCAGUACUGGUCCUGGUGGGAGCUUUGCCAAACACAUGGUAGCACAGUGCAUCUCACCAAAGGGACCUCUUGCAUGUUCAAGAACAUACUUUUUUGGAGCUACUCAUGUUCCUUACUUAGGUGAUGAUGACAGGCUGUCCAAGAAUAACAAGUUGCCCAAGAAAACUGAACAAAUUAGGCUCUUGUCCCAGAUAUAUGCUGCUGUUAUUGAGGCUGUUUUGGCUGGCAUUGCAUGUUAUGCUAAAACUUCCAGUCUAACAAAGGCAAAGGAAUUAGCAGAGGAGUCCCUGGGAUCUGGAUUAGAUUCCUUUGAUUUGGUUCAGUUUAAGGCAGCACUACGCUCCAAGACGGCUUUUCACAUACAGGCUGUGAAUAAUCAGGGAAGAAUUGUGCCUCUGAACAGUGAAGAUAACUUAUCCUUCGUGAAAACGGCUUGUAUGACUGUGUAUGAUAUUCCUGACUUGCUGGGAGAAAGAGGAUGCUUAGGAUCUGUGGUCUUCUCAGAAUCAUUUUUGACAUCUCAGAUCUUGGUUAAAGAAAAGGAUGGCACUGUUACCACAGAGACCAGCUGCAUAGUCCUGACAGCCGCCAUCCCCAGAUUCUGCUCCUGGCUGGUAGAAGAUAAUGAAGUAAAAUUGUCUGAGAAAACCCAGCAAGCAGUGAGGGGGGAUGAGUGUUUCCUGGGCACUUUCCUAGCAGCAGGAGGAGAAGGAGUAUAUCUUUAUCCCAGCAAUCUACAGCCCUGGCCUGAGGAAGGGAAUGUGCAUUUCUUCUCCAGUGGCCUUUUGUUUUCUCACCGUCAUCAUGGAAAUAUCAUCAUCUCUAAGGAUCACAUGAAUUCUAUUUCUUUCUAUGAUGGGGAUUCCACCAGUAUUGUGGCUGCCCUUCUCAUCGACUUCAAAAGUUCAUUGCUUCCUCACCUCCCAAUUCAUUUCCAUGGGUCAAGCAAUUUUCUGAUGAUUGCCCUUUUCCCCAAAUCAAAGAUAUAUCAAGCAUUUUACUCAGAGGUCUUCUCCCCCUGGCAACAGCAGGAUAACUCAGGGCUCUCUUUGAAAGUGAUCCAGGAAGAUGGAUUAUCUGUGGAACAAAAGAGAUUGCACUCCAGUGCACAGAAGCUCUUCACUGUCCUGAGCCAUCUCACUGGGGAGAAGUGGAAUUCUGUAAAGCUGCUCUUAGCCAAACUCCCAGAGCUGGACUGGUUUUGCCAUCAUUUUGCUAUCAGCAGCAUUAGUCCGGAGCCUGUGAUGCGGACCCAUCUCCCAGUCCUGCUGAACCAAGCUGAAGUUAGCCCUUCUCACGGAGUAGAGAAUGACAAGGUAAUUAUUAGCAUUGUUACAGGACUCCCAGGCUGUCAUGCUAAUGAGCUCUGUGCUUUUCUGGUCACUCUGCAUAAGGAAUAUGGCAGGUGGAUGGUGUACCGCCAAAUCAUGGAUAGCUCUGAAUGUUUUCAUGCUGCACACUUUCAGAAAUACCUUUCCAGCGCCCUGGAGGCCCAACAGAACCGUUCUGCCCGCCAGUCAGCCUACAUCCACAAGAAGAUCAGACUGUUGGUGGUGCUACAAGGCUACACAGAUGUUAUUGAUGUGGUUCAGGCACUGCAAACCCACCCAGAUGCAAAUGUCAAGUCUUCCUUCACCAUUGGUGCCAUCACAGUAUGUGUGGAUCCUCUGAGCUGCUACAUGGAACACAGAUUUCUCUUCCCGAAAUGUCUCGACCAGUGUUCACAAGGCCUGGUGAAUAACGUCGUGUUCACAAGUCUCACCAUGGAGCAGAGGCACCCUCUCCUUGUUCAGCUGCAGAGCCUCUUCAGAGCUGCCAACCCUACUGCAGCCUUCAUUCUGGCAGAAAAUGGGAUUGUCACCAGGAAUGAAGACAUUGAGCUGAUUCUGUCAGAAAAUAGCUUUUCAAGUCCUCAGAUGCUACGAUCUCGAUAUUUAAUGUACCCUGGCUGGUAUGAAGGUAAAUUCAGUGCUGGCUCAGUCUUUCCACUAAUGGUUCAGAUCUGCGUAUGGUUUGGCCGACCGUUGGAGAAGACUCGCUUUGUAGCCAAGUGUAAAGCAAUUCAGUCCUCCAUCAAGCCGAGCCCCUUCUCUGGAAACAUCUACCACAUCCUGGGCAAAGUGAAGUUUUCAGACUCUGAAAGGACUAUGGAGGUCUGCCACAACACUCUGGCCAAUUCCCUGAGCAUCGUGCCAGUUUUGGAGGGACCCACACCACCAUCAGACUCAAGAAGCAUCCCUCCAGACAUCAACGGGCAGCAGGAGUGUUACCUGGUGUUCAUUGGCUGCUCCUUGAAGGAAGAUAGCCUCAAGGACUGGCUCCGGCAGUCAGCUAAGCAGAAGCCUCAGAGGAAAGCUCUGAAGACCAGGGGAAUGCUGACGCAGCAGGAGAUCAAGAACAUCCAUGUGAAACGCCACCUGGACCCCCUACCUGCAGGCUACUUCUACAAUGGCACCCAGUUUGUUAACUUCUUUGGUGAUAAGACUGAUUUUCACCCUCUCAUGGACCAGUUCAUGAAUGACUACGUAGAAGAAGCCAACCGAGAAAUUGAGAGAUACAACCGCGAGCUGGACCAGCAGGAGUACCAUGACCUCUUUGAGCAGAAGCCCUAGUGGAAACUGGGCCCACACACCCACCAGAGAUGAACAGAUGGUGUCUAAAUGUGUGAUUCCUGCUCUCCUUGAGGCCCCUGGAGGGGCUUGGCCCUCCCUGUGCCUCUGUGCUGGCUUGAGUGCAUGUUGUCUUUGUCCCCUCUGCAGCUGAAGAGCAUUACUUGCACCAACAGGGGGCCUGCCCUGUGUGUAGGCCAAGCCCUCUGGGCUUCUGGUGACAGCAUUUCCUUUGGUUGCUGAGCCACAGGUUGAGGGUGGGGAGGAGCACCAGGAUUACACUGAGGAGCUACCAGGGCUUACAUGGAACCCCAGCUGCCCAAACUGCAGCCAGGCCUGGGCACCUCCCACUUCAGACCUCAGAUGCUACCCCAGGUCAGCCCUCAUUUCCAGGAGUGCCUGCUGCUCCUGCUUAGGCCUUUCCAUUAAAGGAGCUGGCCAGCCUGGGCCCAGUCUUGGAGGAGUGGACAAGCCCUGCCUCUGCCCAUGGAGCCAGCCACUCAGGCCCAGAGCCACAGCGUACUCUCCGUGAGGGAUUCCCAUGUGGCACUCAGCUGAGGGCAAGGCACCUGCAUUCCAGGUGUGUGUGUGGCUCUCACGUGGGCAUCAGCAGUCACCCUGUGAUUAGUUCUUGAGCUCUGCAGCAUCACUUGAUGUCCCUAAUUCAGGAACAAGAACAGGCUGCUGCCCGAGCCCCUGGCACUCCAGCAUCGUGCAAUUGAUUAGUUAGAAGUAUCAGUCUCUAGCACUCAGCCUUGCCAGGGAAGACCUGGUUCUCAGCCACAACAUUCAGAAAAUUCAUGGCCUCUAGCCAUUAUUCCUGGCCCUGGAUGUUUGUUUGUUUGUUUCUUUCUUUCUUUCUUUUGGUACCGGGGAUCAAACUCGGGUCCUUGC